UUAAAAUGAAUGAAAUUCAAUUGAACAUAUUUUCAGAUGAAACAAAUAAUUUGUUAUUAAAUACGUUCGAGGAAUUGCAGUGUUGAAUGUCGAAUAAUUCGUGGAAGAAGUGUAAAUGUGGUCGUUUAGAUCCGAUAAUAUUUAAUAAGAGAAUUAAUGCAAUUGCUUGUAAUUGUGGUUGGGAGGGAAGAUUCGUUUAUGGGGUAUCCCUUACCCUAGCAAUCUUCGAAAUGAAACGUUUUUUCAUGCUACUGUUGGAAAUAAUAGCUGAAUGGCAAGUUAUACGAUUUGCUGGUGGUUUACGUCCAGUUCUUCUCACCUUGCUCGAUAUUAUCGUUGGCUUGCCAACUGCCAUAUUAAUUGUUCGUAUAAUACGCAAAUACACAAUACCACAAUGUAAUAUAAAACCGAAAAAACUAUUGAAAUUUCUCUUAUUUAUAAUAACAACGUGUGUUGUCUUAAACAUUGUUACCUUGAUUUCAAUUGGUUAUCACAUUAGCGUUAAAAAGGAAACUCUCGUGAAUUUAUUCAACGCUUCGAUGCAUUUCUAUGCUAACAUGGCAUCCUACAAAUAUGCCAUAGACGAAUUACAAUUUGUAUUUCAAUGUUGCGGCCAUAGUUCAUAUACCGAUUGGUUUCUUUUCGAUUGGCAGAUGGUUGAUUAUGCACCACGCGACGAAAUGAUUUAUGAGACAAGAAUCACCGAUGAAGAAUACCGCGAUCGAGGAGUACCGUUCAGUUGUUGUAGUCUACGUUCAAUGACUCCAUGUAUACAUUCCGAGAUGUUGGAUAAGGAUAUUAAAAGUAUCAAUGAGAACGGUUGUGCGGAAGUUAUCAGUCCAGUUUUAAUUAGGAUCGUUGUGAUCGCAUACGUCAUGACUAGCACGUUAAUUGUCACACAAGCUCUCUUAGCAUAUUUGAUAGCACGAAUGAUAGAUAAACUUUCCGAUAGAAUUCGAUUUCCUGUAUCUUCCGUAAGCUCGUUUGAUGAAUCUACUCAUAUUCUUUCAAAAAAUACUAAUAGUUUGAGUAAAGGAAGAAAAAACGAUCGUUAUAUUGCCUCGUCAAUGAAUAAAUUAUAUUCUAAAGAUAAAAUUAAGUCUGAAGAAGAAGAAGAAGAAGAAAAA